GUCCACUACUACUAGAUAUGGAGGCCUAUUAAGUGAAAGCUUCUUCUAUUCCGUCCAGAACUAUUUGAAACCUUCAAUGCACACUUAAACGUACUUCAAUCAACCAAUCACGAGUUGGGACGGAUAUUUCUCCUUGAUUUCAGGGAGGGCAAUUUGGAACCACAGGUUGUGUUUCUUGAAGCCGACAGAUCUUUUCGCGUCUACACAGGUGAUAGACUGAUGGAAGAAUUUCAGGGUGCAUUAAAUAGCUUCCAAAAGGACUGGUUACAGUUGCAAGAAAAGCACUCAUCACUGGUUAUGUCACUGUACAAACUCAAGGAGGAAGAGACAAGUUGCGUCCGUAGUGUUAAACAUUGUAGAAACUAUAUGAAACUUUUGAAGCAUGAAAUUGCAAGUCUUCAAAAGAAUGCUACGGGUGAUGAGAUUACCAUACUUGAAAAAGCCAAAAUCGAUAUUCUUAAGAAAGAGUAUGUUUUACGGGAUAUUGAAGAUGUUUUACCUCGCACACCAGGCUUGUAUUUGCGUAUCGUACUUGGAGCUCUUAAUAUAUCGUUUGCUAACAAGGAGGACAAAUUCAGAUACAAGAAUGAUUACGAACGGUUUAAAAUCAUUAUUUCGGGAAUAUGUGCAUUUUUGGCGUUUCUGCUAUACUUUUACGUUCAGAAUAGAAUUGUGGAUACUAUUUUUCAUUUUCUAUUGGUAUGGUACUAUUGCACACUAACUAUUCGCGAACGCAUUCUUAUUGCCAAUGGGUCACGCAUUAAAGGGUGGUGGAAUAUAUCUCAUUUUAUGUCAACAGCCUAUUCUGGUAUUAUGCUUAUCUGGCCUAGAUCUCGUUCGUAUGACGAAUUUCGUGAUCAGUUCAUGCUUUUUUGCUUAUACCUAAAUCUUGUUCAUUUUAUACAAUUUCAAUAUCAAAUAAGUUGCCUAUAUAAACUUCGUACUUUGGGUUGUCGACAUCCAAUGGAUAUAACUGUUGAUGGUUUCAUGUCAUGGAUGUUUCGUCGAAUUACGUUCGUCCUACCUUUCCUAUUUGUAGUAUACGGUUUUGAACUAUACAUGGCUUAUAAUCUUUACGUCAUAUCCCAACAGAGCUAUUGUCACGAAUGGCAGGUACCUGCUGUAUCAAUCAUUUAUUUCAUACUAGCAAUGGGCAGUAUUGUGACAGUUUUACAAGUGAUACGUCAAAAGAUUUGUGCACCACCGCCUAUUGUACUUCAUGAUCAUUUAACGAAAAAGUAUAGUUUUGCUGUACCAAAUGAAAACUUUAAGGCUUAUGACGAAUUCGGUGAUAAUGAUGAUACAACAACAGAAAAGGUCAUCACAUAAUUAUCUUGUAUACAUACUUGCUGAAUUGAAUUUUUGUGUAUCAUUUAUUAUGAAAAUGUUUCCCUUCUGUUUUGUAAAGAAAAUAAAAUAGAAUCAUUUAUAGCUGAUCUCUUUUCCAAUAAAAAAGGUGUCUGUGUUGAUUCCUAUAAUUCCUGUAUGUGUUUUUAAUAUAUACUAUUGAAAAUAUAUGAUUUACACAUUUCUGUCAACUCAAUUUCUUCUGUUUGCAUACUUUUUUUUAACUCUGCAACAUUCUCUCCGACGUUAAAAAGCGAAUUAAAGUUACAUUUUUACUAUACCUUUGAAGUUUCGUGUUUUACAGUUGACGUAUACAGAUAUUUUUCUAUUAUGUAUGUAGUGCUGUGUAUAUGACGAUCAUCCUUUCUUUUGCUUCGCAAGCUAAUUUUAUAGUUGGCUAACAUCAUUGAAGAACAAAUUUCCUUAUCUAUACUCACUAACCAUUUUUAUAUUUGAUCCAGAUAAACAAGACAUUGGACAUUUUAUUACCUUCACUACUUGUUUGUUCAGGUAAAUUAUAAUAUUUUAUUCUCAAAGAUAUCAUACUUCUAUGAAUUUGGUGAUCAUCUUUUUGUGUUAAUGGAGUGAGGCAACUUGGACCGAUGCAUAUAUGUGCCUGGUCCUACGUUGUAGCUGACUGACUCAUACUUAAUGUAUUAUUUAUAUUACAUACGCUUGGAUACUAUGUAUUUUCCUCGUUCUCCUAAUUUAUUGUAUACAUUAUUAUUGUACAUGUUGUUUAGCUUGUAUAUUUCCAAUUAGUGUUUUUUUAAUUCACAUAUUUUGAUAGUAUGAAAAGCGUAGUUUCAAAAUUUUUAAAUGCCAAAGUAUAUUCAUUUCAUUAGUUUAAUGUUGUCUUGAUGAAAAGAGAAUAUAUUCUAUGACGUAAAUGAGGUUUUCUCUUGUAGAACUAAACAUUCAAUAUUUAAGUCAUUGCUCCACACUAGUCUUUUAUAACACUGUUCAUAUCCACCUGUGUGAAAAAGUUCUUGUUAUAUCCGCGCCGCUUAUUAUUUAUACUUGAAAAAUACAAGGAAUCAGGACGCGAAGUAAUAACAUGAAGACUAGUACGAGUGAAGAUUUAUCAAUCCCAAAACAAGACCACCUUAAUUGCAAAUACACUCAAUAUAUAUUGAUUAGACACUCAUUUUGAUUAUAAAUUAAAAUCACAGAAAUAGAAAAAUACCCAGAGUAAUAGCAAAAUCACAUGUCUAUCAGGCUCAGCAUAGUUCAUGUUGAUUUAAUACAAGAAUAUCGUAUCUUAAAGUGACAUCAUUCUCAAUUAAAUUAAUAUUAUAACCAAUAACAUAUCACAGUGGAAAAUAAAAACAAAUAUUACACCACAUUGAAUUAAAUAUACGGAAGUAAUUUUGAAUAGAAGUAACAAUGGGUAAAAGGCAUUAAUCUUGUCUUUUUCAUCCCGUCAUAUCAGUUUUAGAGGAUAAAAUAAAACUACGUUUGUAAGUAGGGAAUUUCUUAAAAUUACGAUCUAACUUACAGACCAUUUUCUUUGCUCAAUGAAAAUGCAACCAGAUUCUUAACUAUGCUUUCCUUGAGAUUCAGGCUAGCUUUAAACUUUAGCCGUUAGUUGUAAUAAUAUUCACACAGGUACAAGUUUCUUGACUUACAAAACGUUAGAUAAUAUUUAAAUGCUUUACAGAGCCGAAAAGGGCUGGGAGUCUUGUAUGUAUGAUCACCGUUGAUAUUCGCUUCAAUAUGAUCUAUUCAGAAUCUGGAUUUGGAAAGAGGAUAAACACUGUAUAGCGUUAUAGCGACUCGCGUGCAAAUGGGUUUAUUCUCAUUUAACUCACUUAAGCCCUUUUGCUAACUUAUUUAGCGGACAAAGCCAUCCGCACUAUAACAAUUUAUUGUACCCUUAUUAUUAUUUUGUGCUUGUAUGAAAUACGCAUGCUUGAAUAUUGCUUACGGCCUACGCAUUUAUUCACUCUGCUGGUCUCA